AUGGGCAACCGCAUGUCCGGGCCGUUCCCGGAGGUCCUGACGAAUAUGACCACCUUGAGAAAUCUGUACUCCUCUCUCUCUCUCUCUCUCUCUCUCUCUCUCUCUCUCUCUCUCUCUCUUGCUCUCUCUCUCAGAGCUCCGAAUACAAAGUCAUAAUCGGUAGAGACGAAGCUUAAGCGUGACGUGAAUGGCAGGAGCUUGGAGGGGAACCUCUUCUCUGGGGUCAUCCCGCGCGGACUUGGCAACCUCGUUAAUUUGGCUGAGCUGUAGGAACCAUUCUCCAGACUCUAGUCUCUCCCUCCCCCUGUUUCCUGUGCUUUCAAGAUUUCUGAAUAAUGACGUUUUCCCCGUGACUCUCUCGCAUGCUCUCUCCUUACCACCCUACUUUGUAUCCUAAUCGCAGGAAUAUAAAUUCCAACUAUUUUACUGGAGAAUUACCGGCCACACUAGCCGGGAUGAACAAUCUGGCGGACCUGUGAGUAAAAUCUCUCUCUCUCUCUCUCUCUCUCUCUCUCUCUCUCUCCCUCCCCGACCAUGUGUUUCACAUAAAUAAUGAUGAUAUUAGCCUGCAGAUUAUCUUUUUUAAAUCACGGAACCCUUCUUGCUCAAUCCUCCCCCUCCCAAACAGAAGAAUAUCAGACAACAGUUUCUCUGGGGCGAUACCUGCAUUCAUUGGAAAAUGGACUCUCUUGGAGAAGCUGUAAGCUUUGGAGAUCCGAGCAGAAAAAUCAUUUUAAAAUAUUCACCCAUUGGCGCAAAAAAGGUCUGAUUUCUCCCUUUGAACGUCACGCAGGCACAUGCAAGGAUCUUCCCUGGAAGGACCUAUCCCUUCAGCCAUCUCUACACUGACAAGAUUAGCAGACCUGUAUGACUCACCGGAUGCUCAACUUUCUCUUCAUCGCAGGCAGAUAAUAUUUUUAAUUAUUUUAAUUAUAUUGCUAAAAAAUCAGGCGGAUUAGCGACUUGAAAGGAAGACCAUCAAGGUUCCCCGAUUUGAGCAAGAUGGAAUCACUGAGGAUAGUGUAAGUCGACCAGAUUGAAAUUACUCUAUGCUUAUAUUACACCGAGACUCUAGAGUUUGAUGUCUCAAUGGAUCCGUUGAAGGGCCAAUUAAUCCGCGAAUAUGGGUUUACAAUCUUUCAAAAGUUUCAGAAAAAAUUUCCGUGCUCGCAGAAUACUGAGGAACUGCUCAAUCCAUGGAAGCAUUCCCGGAUAUAUUGGAGAAAUGAAGUACUUAAAAACUUUGUGAGCGACGACCUCUCAUAUUACAAUUCGUUUUAUAAACGGGUGUCAAAAGAAAUUUUAUUCCUCGAAGAUAAAGUUCAUAUAACUAUUUACCGUACUCAUUUACUGUAUUUUGUUUUCUCCCCAGGGACAUCAGCUUCAACAAGAUAACUGGGGAAAUUCCAAGAGGCUUCAAUCAGCUGGGACACGUUGAUUUCAUGUAAAGGAAAUUUUACUUUACGGAAUCUCGAAAACUUCAUCUUGCUAUAAUUGAGUUGACAUCGUGUCUUUUGCCCAGAUAUCUGACUGGAAACAUGAUUACUGGGGAGAUACCUGACUGGAUCCUGGAGAGAAACGACAUUGCGUACGCACACAUUCUUUUUUCCCAAAAACAUAAUUUUUUUUCAGGCUGCGGAUUCAAAAUUCUAGUAGAGUAAGUGAGAGUCGAAGUAGCUAGUGUAAUAAAUAAAUACAUUAUUGUCUGAAAUCUCCAGUUUUUUCUAAAAAUAGUCAGUCAUACAGGAUUCCCAAUGAAAUAGCAAAUGGUGGGCUAUAAAACAGUGGAAAAAACUCUUAUUGCAUUGGACGGAUUAUUUAAUCAUUUUUAAUCGUAUGGUGGUUAUGAUCAUUCUCUGAUCUCCAAGAAUGCCCUACUUUGAAGAACCAUGAUCUGGAAGAAAAGAUAGUUGCCAUCUUGAGGUAUCUAAGUUGGGGGCGGGGGUGUGGAGGGGGGCGUAAUCUCCUCAUGUUUCUUAGAGACUAACAUGAAAAUGUAGAAAAGCAUGCCCAAAUUACCAGCGAUAUUCAGAAGAUCGGAGACUGAUGGUGAUACCUGACCUCAAAGUUUUUAGAAUAACUCAUACUUAAUCUAAAUGGGUGAGAAUUUUGAGUUCAAAUUUUUAAAAAAAAUUCAAGUGAGAGCUUCCGGAAAUUUAUUAUCCAUUUCACGAGGUUUUGGAAGGUCAUUUAUAGGUCAAAUUUGAUGCUAUGAUAAUAAUUGUGUUAUUGCCGAACUUGUCGACUAUUCCAGUAAAGUUAUUCCUUUGAUGAUUUCAUGGAAGAACCCAUUUCGCUUUAACUUUCCGGCCCCAAAGGGUUCGCAUGAGCCUACGGACAUUGAUUGGAUAUAUUUCCCUCCUGCCUGCGCGAAUUUCUGCUUUUGUCAUGAUGUGGGGUUAUCGAUGACGUUUCCCUUCGAUUUCACAGGGAUAUUUCUUUCAAUAACUUCACUUUAGGAAGCUUGGGUCCAUAUGAAUGCCCUCGGGGAAACGUGUAAGCAUAUUAACUCGACUCCAUGCAGUUGGCUUUCUCUUCAGCCAUUUAUUUUCUCUCUCCUGUUUUCAGUAAUGCGGUUGAAAGCUAUUCGCGAACUGUGGAUAAAAGGUAAGAUUUUUUUAAAUCCAUUUUAUUGUGAUCUUAAUGGGUGGAUAAAAAUAAAAUCACUUCCUCUGGCCUACGGAUGGUGAUUAAGCUCAUCACGUCUUGGUGCGCAUUUGACAGAUCAGUUCAGCCAUGCCUGAAGAGGAAUUUCCCGUGUGCUUCAAAUAAAUGUGAGUUUUGGGUCGAUAUUGACUUCCCUUUCCAGAUAUCACCAAGGCGGCUGUUUAUGCGCGUAAAUCUUCUCCGUAUCUCACCACUCAGAUCACCUAAACGUUGUUUACUUGGAGAUAGUUAAGAGAUACUACUAGAACAACGAAAGAAAAUAACCCACUGAGUGAAGUUGCACUCUUGGAUUAACGUUUCGUAAUCCAAACUCUGAUUUCACCCACCCUGACAUUACUUGUACACUAAAACCCCAAACGAUGGGAUAGCUCAACGUGGAUGCUAAGAUACUGAAAGCUUCUAUUCUGCCCAACAGUUGUCAGAUUGCACGUCCUCAGGCUUCCUGUGAAUAAAAAUGUCACAAGUUUCUCAAUCUUGUUUCCAUUUGAUUCUCGCUACUCAUAGCUAAUUUCGUCGUUGCUCAUCCUCACAGAUCAGCUUUCUCUGCACAUCAACUGCGGCGGCUCAGAGGUGAUGAUCAACAGGACAAAGUACGAAGGGGAUACAGAAAAAAAAGGCGCUUCCAUGCUGUACCAAGGCACGAACUGGGCAUUCAGCAGCUCGGGGAACUUCAUGGACGACGGCAUGGACAGUGACAUGUAUAUUGCCUCCAACACCUCCGCACUCUCCAUGGUUAACCCGGAGCUGUACACCAGAGCCCGCCUCUCUCCGCUCUCCCUCACUUACUACGGUCUGUGCCUGGAGAACGGGAUUUACAGUGUGAAGCUCCACUUCUCGGAGAUAGUCUUUAAGAACGACAACACGUUUUCGAGCCUCGGACGACGCGGAUUCAACGUCUUCAUCCAGGUAGCUCUCUUAAGCGUGAUUCGGUUCAGCUGUGCGCCUUAUUUAUGGUCUCGAUUUAAAUUCAGGGCAAGAUGGUACUGAACGAUUUCGAUAUCGAGGAUGAGGCCGGUGGAGUGGGAAGAGCAGUGAUCAAGGUGUUCAACGCCACCGUUGAAGAUCACUCUCUGAAGAUCCAGUUCUACUGGGCGGGAAGAGGCACGACUGGUAUCCCUAGAAGAGGAACCUAUGGCCCUCUGAUAUCAGCCAUAUCCGUUGAGUCCAGUGAGUCCUACGACCGAUGGCUACUUUCCCUCUUCCUCUAGUGGCGCCGCAGAACUUGCUUCUUUACAGGAAUCGUUUGAUCAAUCUCCGCUGUAUUCUCACAAGAUGAUGCUUUUUGAUCUGGGUUUGUUCAUUUUAUUCCACAAAUAUGGAGAGUGUUGAUCUGGACGAGAGUUUCUAUUUUUUUCUUUGUCAGCUUUUCCGCCUCCUCAGGAAAAUAAAGCCAAGGAGACGCUUGCAAAGGCUCUAGUGGGAGCUUCAGUUUCAUUGGUCUUCCUCGUUCUGAUUUCUGUCUGCUGGAAGAAAGGAUGCCUUGGAGGCAAAGGCGCCGUUGACAAGGGUAGAACGAGAUAAUUUUUCACUUGUUAAUGCAGAUAAUUAUUUUUCGGUAUUUUUUUAUUUCCAGGAGAAUCGCAGACUGGUUUCAUUCAUUUUCUUGGGAUGCCCAACUUUUUUCCCCACUCUCAGAGAUUGAAGAUGCAUUUCUCGUUCAGACUUCGACGAUUUCGGUGCCCGGCUCGUCUUUGAUUACUGUGUUCAAACUCUUCCACAGAUCUGAAGGGCCUCGAUCUAUUGACGGGAUCCUUCAAUUUGAACCAGAUUAAAAUCGCGACCAAGAACUUUGAUCCUGCGAACAAGAUUGGAGAAGGAGGUUUCGGUUCAGUCUACAAGGUGAUCACGCUCUUCUGACAAAAAGUUCUUCCAUUCAUGUUACAUGGCCGCGUGAUACUUCCCAAGUUUCAUGCUAAACUUUUCUCGACAUUCUAGAAAAUCUGACGUCGAGUUUCAUUACGUGGGAACUUUGCUAGGGUUUGCUGUCCGAUGGCGCCGUCAUCGCUGUGAAGCAGCUUUCUUCGAGGUCCAGACAAGGGAAUCGCGAGUUCGUGAACGAGAUCGGGAUGAUCUCUGCAUUGCAGCAUCCUAACCUCGUGAAGCUCUACGGAUGCUGUACUGAGGGCAACCAGUUGCUGGUUAUAUACGAGUACAUGGAGAACAACUGCCUCGCGCGCUCUCUUUUCGGUAAGAAGAAUCGAUCACUUGAUUAUCUCGAUCACAGCUCAUCUGGUGAUGAAGAUAGGGCUGAAUGUUUGCCCCACGGUUUUCAUGAAUCAAGAUCCCCGGUGGCGGCCGAAACUCGACUGGCCCAUGAGGCAGAAGAUCUGCCUCGGCAUAGCGAGAGGCCUUACGUAUCUCCACGAAGAGUCCACCCUCAAGAUCGUCCACAGGGACAUCAAGGCCAGUAAUGUGCUGCUUGAUAAGGAUCUUAACGCGAAGAUCUCCGACUUUGGGCUCGCCAAGCUGCAUGAAGAGGGCCACACCCACAUCAGCACUAGGAUAGCAGGGACUGUGUAAGCUUUCCGUCUGCAUUUUCUCCCAUUUCCACCUUGGAACUCUUGGAAACUCACAAUUUUCCUCUUCCGGAUGAUAUGCAGAGGCUACAUGGCUCCUGAAUACGCGAUGCGGGGGUAUCUGACAGAGAAAGCAGAUGUCUACAGCUUUGGAGUAGUCGCUCUGGAAAUUGUCAGCGGAAAGAGCAACACGAAUUACAGGCCCAAGGAGGAGUUCGUCUAUCUUCUUGACUGGGUAACUGACUAAGAUUUAUCUUCUCGACGGUCGGAUCGAUCUGAGGCAAACUUGUUCUUCGUCUUCGUCGCCGUCGUCAUCUUCUGUGGACCUUAUUUCAGGCCUGCGUCCUCCAAGAGAGGGGGAAUUUGCUGGAGCUGGUGGACCCAGAUCUCGGGUCAAACUACGCUGAAGAAGAGGCGAUGCUGAUGUUGAACGUGGCUCUGCUGUGCGCCAAUGCGGCUCCCACUUUGAGACCCACCAUGUCAACUGUGGUGAGCUUGCUGGAGGGCCGGUCCUCCGUCCAGAGCCUGCUCUCCGACCUGAGCUCCGAAGGCGCCGCCUCCGUUUCCGUCGUCAAAAGACAGAGGAGCUUCUGGCAGGGUACGGGUCAAACCCCCACCAUGUCAUCGGAAGGACCCUACACGGACUCCACUCACUCCACUGAAUAUGGGCGAGCUUCAAAAGCUCCAGACGAGUCUCUCGCCUGA